AUGUUCUCAGGCAAUCGAUCUGGUUUCCGGACGGACACGGCAAUUUCCAACGGUCGCUUCGGUGGCCAGAGAGUUCUGCAGCCGUGGGUUCCUGACAAGAACGAUACCUUUGACGGGUCGUUGGAAAAGACCUCCUCUUCUGGUGCUCCAUGGGACCAGUUCGCUGAGAACGAGAGGCUUUUUGGCCUCAAGACCGACUAUGACGAGAACAUUUAUACCACUGCCAUCAACAAGGAUCACCCGCAAUACCGAGAGAGAAUUGCGGCUGCGGAGAAAAAGGCCAGAGAGAUUGAACGUAGUGCUGCCAUGACUGCCCACGUAGCCGAGGAGCGUGUUAUGGACUACUCUGGCGGCAAGGACCGUACUGACGAUAACGAGGAAGACAAAUACAGUGGCGUCCGCCGCCAAGACUUCCCGCCUCUGGCAUCCGGACGCGAGAAUCGGUAUAUGCCUCCGGCAAAGCGCGCACCAGCUGGACAGACCACAGUCAGGGGCGCACCAGUGGACCCGGCAAUCAUAUCUUCACAGAUUAAAGCUGCGCCAAAGAAGCAGCAAUCGUCGCAGGCCGGCGAAGCACCCAAAGUUGCCGAAGCGUCAAAGGCCGCCGAGUCAUCAAAAGCUUCCGCUUCCGAGGCUCUCAAGAACGGAACUCAGGCCAAGCGCGAAACUCAAAAGCCAGCAGAUGCUCAACCUUCAAACUCAACAAACUCCUCAACCGCCAAGGCUGCGGGAAAGGAUAACUCGUCGACUGCUCCGGCUCCAGCUUCCUCUGCUCCAGCACCAGCCCCAACAAAAGAAACUACCCGGUCAGCCGAGCCAGAGAAACAGGGUAUAAAUGGACGGGCUACCGCCCUUGGAUCUACCUCUCGUCCUGUCACCCAGAUCCCCCCAAAUGCUCCCAGCGCAACGCUGACUGUCGAGCGCGACGUUUUGGUAUCUUUCAAGAACUUCGCUACCCAGCAGCGCCUCAAUGCCGAGAAAGCUAGAAGCAACAAGGCAAAGGCGGACAAGGAAGUGAAGUUGACGGAGCUCAAAAAGUUCGCCAACGACUUCAAGUUGUCGACGCCGGUGCCCUCGGAUCUCGUGUCCAUCAUCGCCAAGGAUCCUGCUAAGCAGCGAGAGAUCCAGGCGAAAGCGAUGAAGGACGCUGAGGAGAUGGCGGCCAAGGCUAAGGACGUUGCCGCCCAGGCUAAGAAGGAGGUCGUCGCGCCCAAGGACGUGGCUCAGCCCAAGCGUGCGUCUCCCUCGACCACGACGUCUGCUGCGACCGAGGCUCGACCUGCGCGAGGGGCUCUUGGUCUCCAGGCCACACCCCCCAACGGCGGGCCUGGCCGUCAUGCAGGAUCUCGCCAGCAGUUCCCCCAGCAGCAGUACCACGCACAGGGCUAUAGGAACGGCCGCGUAGGUCCUCAGCAUGCUCCACAGCCGCAUUCCAACUCUAACACGCUCGCGCAGCGCAUUCGGAACGUGGAGCAGCAGAGGUUCUCGCAGCCUCCCGCCGCGCAUCAGCAUGCUGUCGGUCCCGAGAUUCGUGCUCCGCCGACGGGUCCCGCUAAUGGCGCCGACUACUCUCGGCGACAUAGCGGCCAUCCCGGAGCCAAGCUGAACCCAAACAGCAACGAGUUCAGGCCCAGCCCGUUCGCGCCGACCUUCAACCCCAACGGCCACCCCAGCGCCACGUCCAGCCCCCGGUCAGCCGUCAACCAUGUUUCCGACGUCGCCGCCGCUCCCGCCGCCUCAGCCCAGCCUCAGGGGCAGCUCAUCCGACGCAAGACCAAGGCUGUCGACCCCAGCAAGUGUUGCAUCUUGGCGCACAUCAAGACCAUUGCGCCACCCCAGGGCCGCAACUGGGACGACAACGGCGGCCUGCGGCCAGCCUACGACACGCUUCCCACCUGGCGCCAGCUGCAGGAUGAUGAAAAGCCCGACUCCACCAUGCAUCUCACUUACAAGGAGCUCUUUGAACGACAGCCGUUCGCCGCUACUCCCUCGAUGCCGACGCCCAACCCGGCCCAUGUCUCUCCGCAUAUGCCCCCCAUGCAGAUGCACACGCCGCAGCACGGACCUCUGCCUCACCAGCCCUAUGGCGGUGACGACCACCGGAUGAUGCACUCCAAUUCCGCCCAGUCCUUCGCCUCUCCUCGCAUGGGACAGCUGCCCGUGGCGUACCAGCAAGUCAACCCUGGAGCACAGGUUCCAUACGGGCAACCGGUCUACAUUGGACAGAUGGGAGCCCCAAUGAUGAUGCAGCCGCAGUUCAUGGCCGGGCCUCAGGGGAUGAUGGCUCCGCCCAUGAUGUACGGCACGCACCAUCCGCAGUUCAUGCCUCCCGCUGGCCCGCCGCAGCAGGUGCCGGCGGCCAACGGAUACCCCAGCCCCGGGCGACCAGCCGCGCCGAUGAUGGUUCAUCAGGGUUCUCAGCAAAGUCAUAACAUGUACGCCAUGAGCCCCAACAUCCAAUACAACCAGCCGGCAUACGGUCCGGCACAAGGCGGUGCACCGAGUCAGUAAGACCCUUUGGAGAGUUCUGGAGCGGAGGCAAGAUUCCUGGGGCUGACAUUUGCAGUGUCUAACACGCGAUCUUACACCGGACCUGGGCCGCAACAUUUCUCGCCCAACCCCCAGCAAGUGCCGCACCACUACAGCCCGC